CCCUCUCUUUCUCUUUCUCUCUUGUUCACUUUUUUGUGUGUUGAAAGAAUGUCGCUUACGUAUGUUGUAACGGGAGCUUCGCGUGGUUUAGGAUUGGAGUUUGUGAAGCAAUUAUCGGCUAAAGGACAUCAAGUAUUUGCGCUUGCCCGUCACCCAGAACAAUCACCUGGGUUACAACAACUCAUUGAUAAUAAGAGCGUGUUUGGUGUUCAAGCGGAUAUCACGUGUGAGAAAUCGAUCAAGGAAGCAACGGCACAUGUCAAGAAAAACGCGCCUGAAGGUGUGGAUGUGUUGAUUAAUAAUGCUGGUAUCAGUGGUGAUAUGAAAUUGACAUUGGAUACAACUCCGAAAAAAGUGUACAUGCAAGUAUUUGAGACCAACGUGUGUGGUACGAUGGACAUGACGUGUUCACUUUUACCUGUACUUCGUAUGGGUGAUAAGGAAAAGACAAAGAAGAUCCUGAACAUGUCUUCGAUUAUUGGGUCGAUUGGGGGUAUGAGUAAGCCAACCUUACCCGCAUUGAGUGUAUCUAAAGCAGCAUUAAAUAUGGUGACGCGUAUGAUGGCUAACCGACUCUCCAAGGAAAACUUUAUUGUGAUUGCUGCUCAUCCUGGUUGGGUCAAGACUGAUUUUGGUGGGAAAAAUGCACCUGUUCAACCAAAGGAUUCUGUUCAGGGUUUACUUCAUGUUUUAGAUCAUUUGACUUCAAAAGAAAAUGGUUCCUUUAUUGACUUUCAAGGAAAUAAAAUCAAGUGGUAGUAGUAGGAGGAAGAGUCAGAAUGAGCAAAAAAAAAACCCCCCUUUUUCUCCAUGAUGUGCUACCUCCAUCUUUUUUGAUUUUACCACGCUUUGGGAUUUAAAACCCAGUGUAGAUUUGAUUUAAAUAAAUAAAAGAUAAAUUCGUUUUUUGUUUUUGUUU